CAAUCACCUCUGAAGUGGCAAUUUUAUAAAAAUUGAGAACGGAUCUUAAAAUGCAUACUGAGACAUUAUGCAGAAAGGUCCACGAUUUGCCGGAGACUCGGCGAUGCCAUUUUGUGCUUAACACAUUGGAUUGUACGACCAACAUGAAUUUUAUCAACUAUCUGGGCUGGCAUUUCUGCAAUGUGGACGUCCGAAGUGGCUUCAAUUCCUUCUGGAGUGUGCUGGGAAUGCUUCUGAUGGUCAUUUAUGUGUUCUGGAUGAUGCAGAUGACCAUAAAUAAAUAUUUUUGUCCCAUUCUGAAGGUGAUAGCAGAUUCAUUGCGGAUGAACGAGAGCACGGCGGGGGUUACGGUUCUGGCCAUUGCGAAUGGCUCCCCGGAUCUAUUCACGGCAAUUGCCUCGAGAAUGCAGAGCACCAAGUACACCUUCCUGUCAUGCAUGUCGCAGGCCAUGUUCCUGCACAUCUUCGUCGCCGGAGUGGUGAUCCUGACCAGGCCCUUCAAUAUGGAGCCCAACUAUUAUAUCCGGGACUUUGGUUUCCUCUUCCUGAAUGUCGUAUACAUGGACUACAUCCACAAGCGUCCCAAUGGCAUAACCUGGACUUUGGCCUUACCCGCCGCCUUUAUCUUCGUGGGCUACGUUAUGGUGGCCAUCAUUGAUCAGCACUUGCUGAUGGCCCGCAUUCGAAAGCUGGAGAAAAGAGAAAUGGAUGUGGCAGAGGCGUUGCAACUGGAGGAACUGAAGCCCCAGACGGAGUUGCCUCUGAAGCGCCAAGUAAUCGAUCGUUCAGACGUCCAGGGUGGUCGUAAUAAGCAUCUUUUCCGGCAAUUCUGGAACACCGUAGCCGAGUUCGACAUGGAUCGCUUCCGACGGGGCACCGUCCUGGUGAAGGUUUACCUAAUCCUCAAGCAACCCAUCGAUAUGAUAUUGCGGUUUCUCAUCCCAGUGGUUGAUAUGGAGAAACCCCUUUACGGCUGGUCCAAGCUGCUCUUCAACAUACAGGUGAUGCUCGUCCCCACCUACAUAGCCUACAUAAUAGUUCGGGGAUACACCAUUGCGGGCAUUGCCGCCUAUAUUCUCAUCCUCAUUAUUAUGACACCCGUUGCCAUCUUGAUAUUUUUUCUCACGCGCACCGACACCCCACCCAGAUUUUUCAGGUUCACCUCUAGUAUGGGUUUUCUGGCCACCGUCUUUCUGAUCUUCUGCCUGACCUCCGAGGUAAAUGCCAUGUUUUUCACGUUGGCAACCAUAAUGAAAGUGAGCCAGGAUUUUUCCCUGGCCACGGCCGUCUGCUGGGCCAUAAGUAGCAACGACUUGGUGACCAAUCUCUCGCUGGCCCAUCAGGGAUGGCCUCGGAUGGCAUUGACGGCCACCUUUUCAGCACCAGUAUUUGGAUCCUUUGUGUUCCUGGCCCUACCACUGGUGGUGCAGUCCUUUGUAAAUGCACCCAGUAAUAUUAAUCCUACGGAGGGUGGCUUUGGGGAGACGGUGUGCAUCUUCUUGGAGGUCGGCAUGGGCUUCUCCAUGCUCUCCGCCAUGACCACAAACUUCAAGCUGCGACGAGCUUGUGGUUUCCUACUGGUUUCCUACUACUUCUUCUUUUUGGGAGUUCUCAUACUUCUGGAGAAGGGCGUGAUCCACGCCUAUGGAGUCUGACUUGAGGCGAAUCUAUACCAAAACUCCGAAAACCCAUCAAAUAUGCAAAUUCACGAGAUGAUUUAUGCCUCAUUAAAUGACCAAUUCCAUUCUUA